AUGGCCACCGAGAAACCGCUUUGCAAAUAUUUUGCCAACGGAGUCUGCUCAAAAGGAGAAAGAUGCAAAAAUAGCCACGACAGAAAUGUUCCAACGAAUGAUGUGUGUCGCUACUACAGAGCUGGAAGUUGCUCGUAUGGAAGAGAAUGUCGAUAUGAUCACAUCAAACCGAAGAGUCAACUACAGUCAAAUGUUAGAACAAGUUCAAACUUUGCCGGCACUUCUGGAUCACAUAGGAGAGUUGAAGGUGGAAAUCGCGCUCCAAAACCCAUACAAUUGGAUGCCUUUCUUCCAGCUGAAACAUCGUUUAACGUCAAUGCGCCAGCUUUUGUCCCUUCAUGGCUGAAAGAAGCUCCGUCAAACUACGCAAGUGCCGCCGGUUCAGUGCCCACGCCCAAAUUGAGACCUCUUUGCCCAUAUUUCGAGACUGGCGACUGUCCAAAGUCUGAGGAGGACUGUGAAUUUGUGCACGGAAUACUUUGCGAGACAUGUUUCAAGGCGUAUUUAUAUCCAGAUGAUCCUGAACAACAACAAAUAUCAUCGUGCGGAAUGCGUGAAACAACACGAGAUGAAUCCGUGAAAUGGCCUUCAAUGAACAGCGUGGUUCGGAUAAACGCUGUGGUGUUUGCCUGGAAGCAAUUUAAGCAUGAAAAAGGCUGCACACAUUGCUUCUGUUUGAAGUGUAUCAGAAAUUGGCGAAAGAAGCAGGAAUUUGAGACCGAUGUGACCAGAUCUUGUCCGGAGUGUCGGGUUCAUUCGAAUUUUGUUAUUCCAUCGGUUGUUUGGCUUGAAGAACCUGAGGAGAAAAAAGUUCGGCUCGCCAAACGGGUGAUGGGGAUGGCUGUCCGUUUGGGAACAAAUGCCGGUAUCGUCACCUAUUGCCUGACGGUUCGGAUUGAUCCUGGAAAAGAGCCUGGUUCUCGUCGACUUCCGCGUCUCUCGCAAUCUUAUCUUUGCCAACGAGACGAUGAUGACGAUGCUGACUUUGUCCAUCACUACGAGGAACUGACUCGUCUCCUCGGCAUCCCGCUCAAUCAAGGACUGCCU